GGUCUGUACUACGUGGAUUCAGAGGGGAACCGCGUGUGCGGGGACUGCUUCUCUGUGGGCUCGGGUUCGAUGUACGCGUACGGGGUGCUGGACAGCGGCCGCAGGGAGGAUUUGAGCGUGGAGGAGGCCUGCGACCUCGCCAGGCGUGCCAUCUACCAGGCCACCUACCGGGACGCCUACUCCGGGGGUCAGGUCAAUCUGUACCACGUGAGGGAGGAGGGCUGGGUGAGAGUGUCCCAGGAUGACGUGCUGAAACUGCAUGAGCAGUACAGACAGGAGGCGAAAUAGAGAGAGAAUACAACACACACUGAGACACACACAGACACGGAGACCGAGACACACGGAGACGGACACUGAGACACACAGACACUGACACACACACACACUGACACUGAGACACACACUGACACUGAGACACACACACACUGAGACACUGACACACACACAGACACACAGACACAGACACUGAGACACACACACACACCCAGUACAGACAGGAGGAGAAACGGAGAGAGAUAAUACAACACACACUGAGACACACCCGCACAGGACAGCACAGGACCGAACAGGACAGCACAGCAGACGCCACAGUACAGACAGGAGGAGAGGAAUCACACACACACACUACGGGCAGGAGGAGAAAUAGAGAGGAGAGAAAUCACACAGGCACACACACUGUACAGACAGGAGAGAGAGAGAUACAGGCAUAAGAUGCACAACGUUGCAUCUCCAAUAUCCCACAAUCCCAUUGGGUAUGGUUGGGUAAACGGCUGAUUUUUACACACAUCCACUAUCCCACAAUCCACUGCAGCGUGGAGACCCUGCCACCUGAAUGGACGUGUCGAUCCAACGUUCCCACAGUGCACUGCAGUGCCUGUUUUGGUACAGUCGGCGUGUGUAUCGUUUCAAAACAUCCCUUUUUUUUAUUCGCUUGAGGGCCUUUUUCACUUCUCCCCUGAUCAUCGAGCAGUUAAAGAGCUACUCCCUGCCUCUCUCAUCAUCGCGUAGUCUGAGAGAGAGACCUUCCUCGAUGGCUUGAUCCUGGUGAAAUAAAUACAUUUUUGGAACGUGUGUUUCUCCCCAUGUUACAGAUUUUUAAUAAAACUGUUUAUUUAGUUUGUUUUCCAAAGGAUGCACAAACAACACCACACUCUCUCUCUCUCUCUCUCUCUCUCUCUCUCUCUCUCUCUCUCUCAGCAGUUGAGCACUUAUCAGAUUUGUGGGUCAUACAAUUCAAAUGUUUUCUUCAGUAAUUUUUAAAGGCGUACUAAAUAAAACACAGUUGGAAUCUCGCGUGUUGGUGGUGAUGUUAAUAAAGCUAAUAAGAGGUUCGAGAACAGGUUUUAAUAAUGGUACACGCUCCUUUACAUGCUAACUCUGUUAAUUUGUUCCUUUGUGAUUUUCUGUUUAAGUUUUGUGAACCCCUCUGAAAAAAAGGGGAAUAAAAUGUAAUCCCAAUAAAGUUUUGGACUGACUUUUUUUUUUUGA